AUGCCUUCAGUAAGCAGCAUCACUGAGAUGAAAUUCAGAUCUUCAACUAUUACUACAUACGCUGUCAUAUAUGUAAAUCCCACAGGCAGUAGUUUGGCCUCAAAAAAAGUUACUUUUCAUCUCUUAUUACUCUCUGCCAGUGACGAGGUAACUCUCAAGUUCUUUCUAGUACUCUUAGAUGUAACUAUCUCAUCUUCCGGUCUUGGUGUUUCUGAUUACAUUUAUGAUCAGCACGAGCAAGUCAAAGUCUUAGUAUUCAGGACCCAGACUUUGGACCUCAGGAACAGCAGCACCAUCACAGAGUUCGUCCUGGUAGGCUUUGAACACAGCUCCCCUUCCACCCGGGCCUUGCUCUUUGCCCUCUUCCUAGCCCUCUACAGCCUCGCCAUGGCCACGAAUGGCCUCAUCAUCUUCAUCACGUGGACAGACCCCAGGCUCAACAGCCCCAUGUACUUCUUCCUCGGCCACCUGUCCUUCCUGGAUGUCUGCUUCAUCACCACCACCAUCCCCCAGAUGCUGAUCCACCUGGUGACCAAGAACCACACCGUCUCCUUUGCCGCCUGCCUGACCCAGAUGUACCUGGUUUUUGGCGUGGGUGUGGCGGAGUGCAUCCUCUUGGCCUUCAUGGCCUACGACCGGUAUGUUGCCAUCUGCCACCCGCUCAACUAUGCCCAGAUCAUGAGCCGGCAGGUCUGUGUGAGGCUGGUGAGUACUGCCUGGGUCUUUGGCAUGAUCAAUGGCAUCCUACUAGAUUACAUGACAUUCCGAGGUCCAUUCUGUAGAGACAACCAUAUAGAAAACUUCUUCUGUGAGGCCCCCAUAGUCAUCGCUCUGUCCUGUGGAGACCCCCAGUUUAGUCUGCUGGUGAUCUUCGCUGAUGCCAUAGUGGUGCUGCUCAGCCCCAUGGCGCUCAUCAUCAUCUCCUAUGCCCGCAUCCUAGCCUCCAUCCUUGGCAGAGCCUCCUCCUCGGGUCGAGGGAAGACCUUCUCCACAUGUGCCUCCCACCUCACCGUGGUCAUCUUUUUCUACACCUCAGCCAUGUUCUCCUACAUGAACCCCCGCAGCACGCACGGGCCUGACAAAGACAAGCCUUUCUCCCUGCUCUACACCAUCGUCACCCCCAUGUGCAACCCCAUCAUCUACAGUUUUAGGAACAGAGAGAUGAAGGGGGCCAUGGUGAGGGCCCUUGGGAGGGCAGGCCUGGCCCAGGCAGAGUCUGUCUAGCAGGAAGGCUUCUGGGAGGGAAGCUCCCUCCUGAGCCCUGACUGGCAUAACACCUGC